CACGCAGACUGGAGAGACCAACGUGACUGCAGCACAGUGAAGAUUUCCACCGGCUAAAAUGGUGAAGUCCGGAAAACUUCGUUCCGGAGCAGCUCAGAAAGUAAGGCGGUGGAAGAAGGGGCACAGCAGUGACAGUAACCCGGAGACAAAUCGCUAUCGAAAGGCCGCGAGGAGCAGAUAUUUCAGCCGUCCAUCAGAAAAGAGUGAUCUGACAGUAGAUGCGUUGAAACUUCACAAUGAGCUCCAGGCUGGAUCACUGCAGAAAAGCAGUGAUGUGGCAGGAGAUGCCAUGGAGGAUGAAGCCCUCACAGAGAAGACCUCUGGGACUUUCCUUAGUGGACUAUCAGACUGCUCCAACCUCACUUUUAGGAAAGUUCAGCGUUACUGGGAGUCCAAUUCUGCAUCACAUAAGGAGAUCUGUGCUGUUUUGGCAGCCGUAACUGAAGUGAUUCGCUCUCAUGGAGGAAAAGAAACUGAGACGGAGUACUUUGCAGCCUUGAUGACAACUCUGGAGGCUGUUGAUAGCAGUGAAUCACUGGCAGCUGUUGCUUACCUGCUCAACCUGGUCAUGAGAAGGAUGCCACCUGCAGUACUGAAGAAAAAGUUUUCGGACACUGCCAAGGCCUUCAUGGAUGUCCUGUCAAAUCAAGCCAGUUCUGACUCCAUUUCAUACCUGCGAUGGAUCCUAUCCUGUCUAGCAACUUUGCUGCGUAAACAGGAUCUGUCAGUGUGGAGUUACCCAUCAACCCUACAGGUGUAUCAUGGUCUCUUGAGCUUCACUGUGCACUCCAAACCAAAGGUACGAAAGGCAGCACAGCAGGGAAUUUGCACCGUCCUUCGCUACAGUGACUUCAUGUUCUCAGAUAAUGCCCCGAACCACCAUCCGGCAGCCGGCAGCACUGCCAAAUUCUGCUGCAAAGAACUGGAGCAGUCCGGAGGCAGCAAAGAAGACACCACCACUCUCCACAUACUGGGUCUUCUGAAGGACCUGCUGGUUGCGUUUCCUCUGAGCUCUGUCAAGUCUUGCUGUGAGACUCUUCUCCGAGUCAUGACCCUGAGCCACGUGCUGGUGACUGCACAUGCAAUGCAGGCCUUCCACAAUCUCUUCAUUAGCAAACCCAGUACUUCCAGCAUGUCUGCAGAGCUCAAUGCCCAGAUCAUCACAGCUUUAUAUGACUAUGUUCCCAGUGAGAAUGAUCUGCAGCCUUUACUGGCAUGGCUUGCGGUAAUGGAAAAAGCUCAUAUUCAUCUCUCCAGUUUACAGAGCUCUCUGUGUCUUGGUCAUCUUCCUCGCCUCUUCUCAGUCACCAUGUCGUGUCUUCUGUCUCCACACACGCAAGUUGUCUCUGCUGCAGCUUCAACUAUGAAGACACUAAUAAAUGACUGUGUGGCUUCUCAUAUGGCAGAGAUUGGACCGGUUCUACCAAACACAUCAUCUGGAAAUGGGGCUUGCGUUCUGAAAAUGUUUUCUAUCGUGGAGGAGGGUUUGUCUUAUCGUUUCCAUGCCUCAUGGCCGUUUGUGCUGCAGAUUUUGGGUUGUUUCUACAGAGCUGCAGGAAAACAGGCUCAUCCUAUUAUGAUAAAGAGUCUCCAGUCUCUCAGUGACCUGCGGGCCACCCCUCACUUCCCCUUCUCUGGUGAGCUGGAUCUUGCUGUUGGUGGUGCUGUGGAGAGCAUGGGUCCAGAGGUGGUGCUCAACGCUGUACCCCUCCUCAUCACUGGAACAGAUGAUGACCUUGAGUUUCCACGCAGUUGGUUGAUUCCGGUCAUUAGAGAUCAUGUGAAGAACUCUCAGCUGGCUUACUUCAAUUCACACUUUUUCCCGCUAGCAAAUAAACUUAAACAGACAGCCGAUGAACUGGAGCAGUCAGGUCAGAAGCUCAUGGCAAAGGUUUAUCAGACGUUACAGAUCCAGAUCUGGACCAUGUUGCCUGGAUUCUGCAACAAGCCCACCGAUUUGUUGGCAUCAUUUAAGGGCAUUGCUCGCUCUCUGGGUAUGGCUCUAAACGAUCGGCCUGACCUGCGUUUGUGUAUCUGCCAGGCCUUGCGAACUCUUAUCAACAAGAGCUGUGAAACAGAGGAAGAGAAAGCAGAGAUGAAUCGCUUUUCCAAAAACUUCCUUCCCAUCCUGUUUAACGUCUACAGCCAGCAGCCUAAAGCAGGAGAGAUGACGUCAGCUCGGAUGGCUGUCCUGGACACAGUCAGAGUUUACCUGACCAUCACAGACCAGACGAUGGUGUGCACAUUUCUUCAAAAAGCAUUGGAGAGGCUCAAUGCGGACAACACUGAGUUCACCAGGCUUGCAGUCAUUGACCUGGUUGUAGCCAUGGCUCCGUUUGUGGAUGAAGCGUCUAUGAGCCAGAUAUUUAAAUUUAUUAAACCUUUUGUGGAGAGCAAGGAUAGUGGCGUCCAGAAGAAAGCCUACAGAGUCCUGGAGGAGAUCUGUGGAGGAGAGAGAGCGUCCUGUAAGGCUUUUGUUCUGGCAAACCUGGAGCAGCUGAAGAAGAUGCUGAUGGAAAGCCUGAAGACUGCCGCUUCUCCUGCUAAACGGCCUAGACUCAAGUGUCUGAUUCACAUAGUAAAGCAGCUGAAUGAAGAACACCGUGAUUUUAUUACUGCUCUACUUCCUGAGGUCAUUCUUUGCACAAAGGAAAUGUCCAUUGGUGCCCGCAAAAAUGCCUACACGCUUUUGGUUGAGAUUGGCAAUGCUUUUGAGCGCUUUUGUGGGAACACAAAAGAUGCCAUCAAUGAGUAUUUGAGCUAUGUGUACAUUGGCCUAACUGGCUCUGUAACACUGAUCACCUGCACAGUUCUGGCUUUAACCAGACUGGUAUUUCAUUUCAAAGAUUCCAUAGACCUUUCCUCAUUGGAGCUGCUUCUGCAAAAUGUCUGUCUUCUGCUUGCGAGCAGAACUCGAGACAUCGUCAAAGCCUCUCUUGGCUUUCUAAAAGUUAUCAUCUUUUCUCUGGAUGUCAAGGUUUUAGCCAGCCAUGUUAAUGUUAUUAUGGAAGGGAUCAGCAAUAUGAAUGAUAUGCGACGGCAUUUCAGAGUGAAACUUAAGAAUAUUUACACCAAACUGAUUAGGAAAUUUGGAUUCGAGCUCGUCAAAAGCAUGCUGCCGGCUGAGCAACACAAGGUCCUGGUGAACAUCCGUAAAUCAGAAGCCAGAAAUAAGAAACGCAAGCUGACGAAGACAGAAGAGGACGAAUCAGACACUGAAGACGAGAAGCCUAAAGUGAAAGGAGAGAGUAUUGAAGACAUUCUGGCUGAGACUGACUCCGAUGACUCGGAUGAAGAAGAGAAACGCAGGAAGGGUCAGAAGAAGCCAAUGAAAAAGAAGGGCCAGGCCUGGUUGAAGGAAGGCGUUUCAGACGAACCACUCAACUUCCUUGAUCCAAAGGCAGCGCAGAGAGUUCUGGCCACCAACCCUAACCUGAAGAAGGCCACCAAAGCAGACCAUGGAUUUAAGGUGACGUCUGAUGGACGACUCAUCAUCAAGGAAGAAGACGACGACGAUGAUGAUGAGGAGGAAAAAACUAAAGAUGCUGAAAUGGAUGAUGUACUUGAAGAGGCUGGAGUCAAAACUAAGAAGAAUCCAAAGAGGAAAAUUGCAGCUGAUCUGGAUGAUGACAUGGAUUUUGAGCCUGAACUGAAAUAUAAAGCUGGUGGCAUUGGAAUCCACAGGCCUCUGGGUGGAAGACCAGAGAUAGGGACAGAGUAUAAAUCUAAGAAGGGAAAAGGGGAUGUUAAGAAGGCAGGCAAGUGUGACCCGUAUGCCUAUAUUCCUCUCAAGAAAUCCCAACUCAACCGCAGGAAAAAGGCUAAACUCCAGGGCCAGUUUAAAGGCAUGGUUAGAGGAGCAAAGAAAGGAGCACUUUCUGGAUCCCGAAUACUGAAGAAGAGGAAAGCCUAAAACUUGUGGGCGUCUUGAUAUGGAACUUUGGAUUUGCCCUCAUUUCUUAUGACAUGAUCAAUAAAAAAAGCUAAAGACAUCUUGUUUUUCUGUUCAGAUAUUGCGUAGGAACUUCCUGUGGAAGCUUCUCUUAAAAGAGGGUUUCAAGAAGUCCCGGUUGAUGUUUGCUGUGGCUGGAUUAUAAGAAAAUAGCAGUACGAUAAUAGCUUUGUAACAAAUGUAUUUAUGUUCUUGCUAUGUUGGACACCAAAUAAAGUGUUCCAAAAUAA